CUUGCUUCUCAAAUUACAGUAGACGACUACGAGAGGUGAAAUGGAGACAUCAAGAGAGACGGCCGAGUUGUGUCGUAUCUCUCAGUUAUCACUCAGUGAAAAUCCAACAGACCAAAAAAUUGAAAGAGUUUCAAGUCUAAAUAAAUCUGGUUAUAGUAGCCAUGGAAGUCAAAUGGAAACAGAUAAUUUUUCUAGUGACGAGAAAGGCGCGCCAAGAUAUAUGGAAGAUGACGAGGAAUAUCAAAGUGGAACAAAUAUUAUCAGGUCAGGCAAGAAUGACUUUAUUAACAUUUACAAUAACACUGGUACUGUCAUAAUUGAUUUGGGUUGCGGAGCUGAACACAAAGGUGGCAAUUUAACCGAAAGGGAAAGGACAAUUUCGCGGCGACCUUUUCCUGAUUCUGCCCGUAGUCUUGCCAGUUCCAUGAACAUAAAGCGAAAGAAAUCGGCAAAAUUAAAAAGCAAAAGAAGACUGCGACAGACUUUACUGCCGUUUCCAAACCGCAAAAGCAAGAUGAAGGUUAAGCCAUCUUCGGAAAAAAUUAAGGAAGUGAACAUCAGUGUGGAUAAUAAUAGCGGGAAUAUAGUUAUUGGUGAUAGUGCAGCGUGUCACGCAAGUACUAGUGAGGAUCCGUCACGUAUACGGCAUCUUGAGGGUGAGCAAGUUGUUGCUGAUGGAACAGAGAUCAUAGCCGUGUCACCACCGAAGCAGAUGGUUGUUUGCGUGGAUAGAAGCAUCAUGAAGUGGCUUCAUCAAUUUUAUGAAAUUACAAAUCAAAUUUACCCACUGAGAGACAAUGGGAGAUGGGAAGAGUUUUAUGAAACAGUGGACAAAAGGAUCCAUUUUGCGAGACAAAACGGUCAAUUUGAAGAGGAAAUAUUUAUGACAAUUGAAAAGAGCACUGCUUUAAGUUACCAAAAAAAGAACGAACAAUCAAUGGAGGUAGUAAAGCAAGCUAAUGACAUGAUAACUCGCACACGAGGACUACAAAUGAAGGAGUUCCUUACAGUUAUGUCACAUUGUCAGCUUGCAGCUAUUUAUCGACGUGAACAAAAGAUGUUCAAAGCCAACCACGCUGUUGUAAUAGCAGGACAAAAUGCAGAGUUUGUACCCUCUUAUCUCGCUAAAGCAUACGCCAUGUACGAAAGGGCCAGCAACCAAGCGAUGUAUAUAUCUAUUGUGUCAACACAACAACCAGAACGGGAGGAAUAUGAGAAAGAUACCCGGGAAGAUCACAGGAGUUGUAUUUCGCUUUGUGAAAAACUGUUGAGCGAAUCUGAUGAUAUUUAUCUUCGACGCCACCAUUUUUGUUUUCUAAAAUUAGCUCUGAUGAAUCUAAAUUGCCGGAAUGAAAAUGCUCGCAUCCAGCCAGUAAGCGAAGACAGUGUCCGUGAAGCAAAUGAAUGCAUCACAAGAAUGCAAGAGUUGUACAGUGGGGAAAUGAGCGAAGCCACAAAUAUUCUGUUGCUCACGGUUCAAUCUGAUUAUAAAUACCGUACUGGAGAUUAUUCUACGGCCAUGGUGUUUGCUGAAGAAGCGUUAAAGAUAUCAGAAAGGAGGGGGUUUGAAUUAGAAAUCAAAGAACUUCAGGAAAGACUGAAAUUGCUAGAGGAGCAUCAACAUCGGAGGCUUGCAAAUGCAACUGAGAUAUGUGAGCUAAAUUCCUGACUAGAUUCCUUCUUUUCUUAAGAUUGAUUCCAGGAAAGCGACGUGAACGGUAUAUUGCGAAGAGAAGAUUGUGCAGCUAUGGUUGUCUGCAUUACGCGUAUGAACAUUGAUUGCGCUCCUUCUUACGAUUGAGCCAAGAAAGCGAUGUGCACCGUAGACCAUUGUACAGUUAUAUGGUUGCCGACACGAACUGAACGGUGAGUGGUCCAAGGGCUGAUCCAGGGGGGGCAAAGGGGGGCUGAAGCCCCCCUACAGCAGAAAAAACGAUGCUUUUUUAUAUUGUUUUCCGUCGUUUUGACGGAAGAAACUCAA